ACGUUCGGUUGGAUACGAGAUUCUAGCCGUUCAUCAUGAGGUUCUUCCUCCCAAUCGUUCUCCUGGCUGCGGCCGCUAGCGCCGAAGUUUUCCAUUUCGCGGGUCAACAAGGCCAGUCCUCCGUCUACGGAGUUCGUGGUGCUGUCACCGUCGGAGUUGAGAAACUCACCGGCGAGAAGACCGCCCUCGAAUACAACGGUACUCUCGCCCUCGAGCAGGUCCGUGAGGGGGAAUACCUCGCCAAGUUCACCCAGUUCACUCUUGGAAAGUACGACAAGAUCAACAGGAACUUCCACGAUGAAACUCUCGGCGAUCUCAAGCCCGAAGAACAGCGUCUCGCUAAGACCCUCCGUGAACAGGGUCAAUACGAGCAGCAAAUGCAGAAGCCUGUCAAGUUCUUCAUGAAGGAAGGCAGGGUCGUCCGCAUCGAAGCCGAGAAGGAGCACCAACAGUGGCAGACCAUCCCUGAAGCUGUUCGUCAUCAACAGACCAAGCAACUGUCUGAGGAAGAGCAGCUCCGUCGUCAGCUCUGGAUCGAACUCAUCGGCAAGGCCGGUUCCAAGACCGCUGUUAAGCUCGCCGUCGAAUUCAUCAAGAACAAGACCUUCACUCCCUCUGAAGCUCGUCGUGUCCUUCAGGACAUCGCCGGUUUCCAAUCUUACCCCGACACCGACAUGAUCGAACAAGUUCUCGGUCUCUGCACCAAGAGCGAGGGUCUUACCCCCACUGGCAAGGCCACCGCCUGUGUUGCCGCCGGUAAGAUCAUCUCCAAGGGUUGCGACUCCAAGGUCUACCAACGGGCUCAGAAGGCCCAGAAGCAGAAGAAGGAGUCCAUGGGCGGCAAAUACCAGUCCAUGGAUACCGACCGCGCUUGGAAGUCCGAAGAGGAAUUCGCAUUGAACUCCAUGUCCAUGGGUCAACUCGCUAUCAAGCCCCAGCUUCGUUGCACUCCCGAGAAGCUCCAGCAGUACGUCGAGCGUCUCUCUCAGGCUCUCCGUCAAUCGACCGACUUCAAGCAGGUCGUUGCUUACAUCAACGGUCUCUCUAAGAUCCAGAAGCCCGAAGUUCUCCGUCACCUCAUCGGUUACGUGAACGGAACCGCCCACAACAUGCACCAGCUCCGUGAUCAGGGUGAGCAGCAGAACGAGUCCGCUGAAUUCGUCCGUCGUGUGGCCAUCAUCUCCCUCCGCGAUGUCGCCACCAAGUACCCCAAGGAAAUCAACCCCAUCGUUCGUGUCAUCUACCAGAACACCACCGAGAACGUUCAGACCCGUAUCCUUGCCUUCGACGUCUGGAUGAACACUCAGCCCGCCCAAUGGGAAGUUGAGAAGGUCAUGCAGGUUGCCAACAAGGACACCUCUGCCGAACUCACUCACUACGUCUACACCGCUCUCAAGACCGCCAUGCACGCCGAAGAGCCCUGCUACCAGCUCCUCGCCCAGCGCAUCCGUGCUGCCUGGACUCAGAUCCGUCCCUUCGACUCCGGCAUGAAGUACUCUCAACUCCGUUCGAAGUCUAUCUACAACCUCGUUGAGGACUUCGGAGUCCGCGGUAUCUGGAAGGUCAUCACCUCCAACACCACUGUCUUCCCCACCUACACCCAGACCAAGUUCGAGCAGACUCACGGACCCUACAUGAAGACCCUCUUCGGUGCCAAGUUCCUCGUCAAGGGCGGCGACAAGAUCUGGGACGAACUCACCGGCAAGGAUGGACUCCUCGAGCGCAUCGCUCACGCCAUCAACGGUCAGGUCAAGACUGGUGAACGUCAACAGCAAACCGAGCAGCUCCUCAAGGACAUCGCUCAAGGCAUGGACAUCGAGAACUUCGACAAGGAAACCCCCAAGGCCGUUCUCUUCUGGAAGCUUUUCUCUGGCGAAGUCGUCAUCCCCAUCGAUGCCGAAUACGUCAAGGAACUCAAGCAGGAGCUUCUCCAAACCGUCACCAAGGUCGGCAAGGAGGGUCUCACCGGACACUAUUUCCGAGUCUAUGUCCCCACCAAGGCGUUCCACGUUGAGCCCACCACUGUCGGUCUCCCCGUUGUCCACUCCACCAUCCACCCCAUCGUGAUGUCCGUCCGUUACGCGAACGUCAAGCUCAACUACAAGAACCAGCAAGGCCGUCUCCUCCCUCGAGACUUUCGUCUCACCGGUUCCACCAAGCCCACCGUCCUCUCCUACCGUCAAUCUCGCGUCUUUGUCACCGAGAAGCGGAAGCUCCAACCCACUUUCAAGACCACCGACAUCAAGGAGUUCAACCUCGGUCUCUCCUUCAAGAUCGCUUUCGAACACGGUCAACGUCGUCUCACCGUCAACUUCAAGCCCCACUUCGAGCGUGUCCUCCACUCUGGUCACUGCACUGAGCUCAAGCUCCAGAAGAACACCAUUGUCGACGAGAAGCCCCGUACCAACGUCAUGAGCUACGACAACUGCAUCAAGUCCCUCUACGAGCCCAUCCGUCACGAGAAGCAGAUCGGUGGUCGCUGGUCCGGUAUGGUCCUCCGUCUCACCGGUGAAUCUCACCAGCCCUGGUUCGGUCUUCCGCUUUUCGGCUCCAAGGACGCCCACCGUAACGGAGUUAUCGGCGCCCUCCUCAACCGUCUCGCCAACAAGGGCAUGAAGCACCACGCCAUGUCCCUCUACCUCGAGACCGACAAGCAGCAGCCCAUGAACGAAUGGUCCGCCGUCAUCGACAUGGACUCGAACAUCGAGGCUCUCGCCAAGACCCCCCUCGACCAACAAGCUCAGAAGGCUCAGAAGGUCAAGGUUCAAUACCAGCCCCGUCGUCAGGAGCAGCUCGACUCCGAACUCCGCUCCGUUCUCGAGAAGGUCGAGACUCUCCUCCAGAAGCUCUCCGGCAAGAUCCAGGAGACCACUCUCGAGAAGCAACUCCUCGUCAAGCUCGAAGGUCGCUACCAAGGUCAACCGAAGAACACCAUCAAAAUCGCCAUGAAGAAGGUCUACAACCUCGAGAAGACCCAGCAGAAGUUCGCUCUCGCUGCCGAAUCCCAGGAGUCCCGCAAGGGAAUCGAACUCUUCGCCAACGUCUCCUGGCCCAACGAUGCCCACUCCCUUCCACUUCGACCCACCCACAACGCCGCCGAUGAGCGCAUGAACGGCACCCUCUACGCUAAGCUCCAGGGCCAGCAAGAGCAGACCUACCGCGUCAAGUUCCAGGCCACCAAGUCCGAAGAACAGCGCAAGGAAUCUCCUCUCAAGUGGUUCGAGGUCCGUUGUCUCGCUGAGCAGAGCGCCGGCAAGACCGUCACCGACGCCUGCAAGAAGGCCAUUCUCAAGGACAACUCCCUCGACCGCAUGGAGAUGACCGUUGAGCUCCCCGAGAACGUCCACCCCAAGAUGAGGCAGCUCGCCAAGCAGACCCUCACCGCCGUCAAGUACGCCAUGUACCCCUACAUGCAGUCUGACAUCUCUGGCCGUCAACAGAACCAACAACAACAACAGCAGCAGCGUGGAGACAAGCAACAGAUCUACAUCUCCGCCAACACCACCCGCGAAUCCCAAUGGUCUCUCCUCCACAACAUCCGCAUUGAGAUGCCCCGUGAGAACGUGACCCUCUCCAACAUCCGCAUUCCCGGAUUCCGUCCCGCUCACAUGCAGCUCUCCCUCAAGCAGCAGCUCACCCACGUCGCUGCCCGCAGCGGUUUCCACGAGGCCUGCAUCGUCGGCCCGAAGGCUGUCCGCACCUACGACAACGUCACUUUCGGUCUCGACGUCAAGGGCGGCUGUGAGUACAUUCUCACCCGCGAUCAGACCCACGGCCUCACCGACUUCAUCGCCACCUUCAAGGUCGUGAACGAAGAAACCUACACUAAGAAGGUCCGCGUUCAACUCCGCAACACCGAGAUCGAGCUCGAGCCCUUCACCGCCACCAACCGUAAGAUCGUCGUCGGCGUCAACGGCACCAAGCACGAGAUUUCUUUCGGAAUUCCCAUGGUCUUCAACUACGGCGGACACGAUCGCGUUUACGUCGGUGCUAUCGAAACUGCCGGCGCCCACCAAGCGCCCAUCGUUGUCGUCUUCACCGAGUCCAAGAAGUUCCGUCUUGCUUUUGACGGCCACUCCGUCGCCACCAUGAUCGGCAACAGAUACCACGGUCACGUCAACGGUAUCUGCGGAAACAACGACAACGAACGCACCCACGAAUUCAUCGGUCCCAACGGACACGAAUACCAGCACGCCAACGAGUUCAUCGCUUCGUACGGAAUCGGCCAGAGCUGCAAGACUCCCGCCGUCAACACCCACGAGAAGAUGAUGGAGAAGCUCAACUCCGAACUCAAGCAGGUCCGCGAGCAGCAGCAACGCAAGAGCAACCAAUGGCGCGAGGAGAUGUCCCGCGGCUCUCGGUACGAGGACCUUCCCGAGCAGUGGCGCGAGGAAAUGCACGAGUUCCACCACGGAAGCCGUCAGGACUCCUGGCAAGAGGAAGCCGACGACUGGAGCUCCGAACAGCAGAAGAACCACCACACCCCCAGGACCGCUGUCUCCGUUGAGGCCAACGACAUCUGCUUCUCCGUCCAGCCCGUCCUCGCCUGCAAGUCCGGCUACCGCAAGAACGGUAUCCUCCGUACCGAACGCGUCGAGUCCAUCUGCCACAAGAAGUCCAGCGAGUUCGUCUCCAAGGCCAUGAAGGACAUCCAAAAUGGAAUCCAAAUCAACGCCGCCCACCUCGAGAAGGGCUCCACUGGCCGUCUCGUCACCCUCGUCAACAUCCCCAAAUGUGUGCGACACGACUAAACUCAAUAAAAAAACUGAUUAGGUGAAAAA